AUGUCAGGUGCAGGAGACCUUCCUAAAAGAAAGCACCAGAAGCAUUCACGAAGGAAACGAACAAUCUUCACUGAGAAACAAUUGGCAGAUUUGGAAUUCUUGUUCAGCAAGAACCCACACCCCGCUCCCAGCUUUCAGAAAGAAAUGGCCUCAAAACUGGAGAUACAUCCCACAGUACUGCAGGUUUGGUUCAAGAACGAUAGAGCAAAGCUCAAGAAAGCCAAACAACAACAUGGGGGACCUGGGUGGCUCACACCCCCUGAUGGUGCCUACCCUGCUUCCCUGGUUUAUACAGAUCAUCUAAAACCUUCCUUCCAACUCAGCAUAUGCCCCAAUUUUAAGGCUCUCCCAGACCAUUCUGUUGGCCACAAAAUAAUCCAUUUUGGCUGCUACCAAGAUCCUAACAUCUACUCCCUUUGUCCUAUUAUGAAAUCUCAAAUUCUUUCCAUAAGCUUCACUGCUAGUUUUUUCGGUUUUUCAUCUCCAUAA